GAGGAGAGAGAGUACCGGUUUGGUGUUGUGUGAGUCCGGACGGAUGAGGAAGCCCCUCCGUAAGCUGAGGAUGGCGUCCUGUCUGCACCUCUGCGCGGCCAGGCAGACCUCGGAGGAGUACCCGGCGCCGCGGACCUCGGAGGAGUGCCCGGCCAGACGUGCGGACGGGAAGGGCAGAGUCAGUGUGAUAGAAGAGGCAGCUAAGCUACUGGACAGGGUUUUUGCUAAAACAGACUUUGAAGACAAGGACGAUGCCCAGCAAACCUUCGCCCACGUGCACUCGGAGCUGCCCAAGACUGCGGCCAGUCCGGACGGCGUCAAACUUGUGCAGAAGUUUGCGAGCCUGGGGAGCGCCGCGACGGUGGAGAGCACGUUUCUGGACAUGAUCAAGAUCAUCUGGCGCACGGUGAGGCUCACACCGGGAACGUCGGUCGUCAGGAUUCAGUUGUUCUUCCUCGCGAUCGCCGCAAUGAUGGUGUCCGUGCUUAAGUCGCCAAAUGUCUCAGAUGAUCUGCUGGAGACGUGGCUACACAAGGUGGAGGUUUGGCUGGGGAGGCAGCUCACCAGUGGGGGGAAGGGCUGUGUGGAUGGUGGAGAGGGGAGUGUGAAUGACAGGUUAGACAGGUUUUUCUCCACGCCGUACCUGCACGACUUCGACUGAAGCGAGAGACUCGGGUCGCACCAAGACAGUUCCUCAGUUUUCACACAGCUAAGGUUUAAAACUGAACAAGAGCACAAGAUGGGAAGUUCAAGAAAAACUUGAAUCAGGCUGAUCGGGCAGCACCAAGACAUUUUAUCAGUUCGCACACAGCUUAAAGGUAAAAACUGAACAAGAGGAUGAGAUGGGAACUUCAAGGAAAACUUAAAUCUGGCUUAUAUGUGGUGUCUUUGCUGAGAGAAUUAGCCAGGUUUGAUAUUUGAAAUCUCUAGUUGACAGUAGAGUGUUGGUAUGAAGACUAUGAGUGGAAUUCUACAGGAAGAUUUUAUUGUCUGAGAAGGAAAGCCAAAGAGGACAGUUGUGUUUGUGUCUGUCUUCAGAACAUGGAAGAUGGUUGGACUCCAGAAAUUUGGAGCUGGAAAAGGGAGAGAGUUUUGUGUGUGGUACUGGUGAUGGUUUAAAGUAUGGUCUUCAGUUCUUGUUACAAGUGAGAUGAAAUGAGUUCAAACUUUGUUGUGCAAUCAGCUGUGCUGUCCUUUAGACUGAACUGUGUGGAUUUUACACAGUACAUUUGUAAAACUUAAAUUGACAUAUCAAUUAAAGAAUUUGUCUUGGUUUGCUUUUGUGCAUAUUUGGGAAAAAUGAUAAACUGACAGUUCUAGCAUAUACAGAUGCAGCCUUAAAGUAUGGUUUUAAAAAAAAGGAAACAGAUUAACAAGCUCUACAGUGGAAUUCAAUGUACAUUGUAUAUAAGAUUUAAAGUGGCCAUAGUUAUCAUACAGUACUUAUUUAUCAUACACAGUACCAUUGCAUUGUGCUUUUAUCAGGAAAUACUUUUUUCUUUUUUCCUGGUCUUUUAUAUACAGGUGUACCAGUGAGACAUUUUUAAACACCUGUAAGAGAACACUUUGUCUUACCUGGUUACACUUGAUGUCCCAAAGAUGACUUGAAUUUGACACUUUCUGAAGACAUUUUAAUGUCAAACAUAUCUACUGACUUUGCUACAUUUCAUAUAUAACAGUUUUACAUUGUCAAGAACCAAGUGUUAACCUUUAUAUGCAUGACAUAAUAUUUGAGAAUCACUGUAGUAAAUAUUUAAAAAAAGUGCCAAAUCUUUAUCAAACGUUAUAUUAUGAAAGAUAACUUCUAUGAAAUGUUUUAAGCUUGGCAUUGAAAUCUGUAUAUUUAAAGAGAAAAGCUUACAUGUAGAUAAAGAUACAUUGUACUAGUAGAUGAUUAUAUGGUGUGUAAAUACCUGUAUAGCCUGUAUUUGUUGCUAGUGUAUACGUAAUUGAAGACUUGGCCAAGGUUUGGUUGCCUGCGGUACAUUGCUCUUGAUCUGUAGAUAGUGAAAAACUCUACAGUUGCUUUGUUAUAUAUACUUAUCACCAAAUGUAUGUUGUAUAUUCUUUCAAAAACUCUAUCUACAACGUUUUUAUGUA